AUGGUCGCCAUUGGCCGAAUCGAGCUCACGAGCCGAGCCGAUCUCGACAAGAUUGGAUUCCGUCUCCGAGCUUGCACCGAAGCCGUUAUGAUUGCCCUUUCAGUCUUUACCUGGGGGCUUCUGGCCCUCCAGACAUGGGCAAUUCCCACAGCCUCGUCAGAUCGUGCAUUAGCACAGUCUCCGUCACUAUCGAUACCCGCGGUUGCUUCUUCAUCAACGGCGAAGGCAUCGGCUCAGCUUGAGCAAUUAGCACAGAUCGCCCUCGGAGUGGCUACCGACAAUCUGUCCAAGAGCACUGGUGCGUGUACAACGAAGAACGUUUUAGUCCGACGCGACUGGAGGGCGUUUGCUUCGCCAGAAAAGAAAGCAUACAUCAGUGCCGUGCGCUGUUUGCAAAAGCUGCCAUCCCGGACGCCUUCAACGCUUGUACCAGGCGCUAGAACCCGUUAUGAUGAUUUCGUCGCCACCCAUAUCAACCAGACCUUGGAAAUUCACUACACGGGUACCUUCCUAGCCUGGCACCGAUAUUUUGUCUAUGAGUUUGAGCAGGCUUUGCGUCAAGAAUGUGGCUAUACUGGCCACUACCCAUACUGGGACUGGGGUGCUGAUGCGGCUGUCAUGGAGAAGUCUGAGGUGUUUGACGGCAGUGACACGUCGAUGUCGGGGAACGGCGUCUAUAUCCCUAACCAACCGGAUAUUGUGUUGACCCUUGGCAACUAUGCGCCAGUCUAUCUCCCCGCAGGAACUGGAGGCGGAUGUGUGACCAGUGGUCCCUUCAAAGACUACCAGGUCAAUCUUGGCCCGGCCGCUCUUAUGCUGCCUGGCGGCAACGUGAGCGCCGCAACGAACCCUUUCAACUACAACCCACGGUGUCUGAAACGCGACUUGACAUCGGCCAUCCUGCAGAGAUACGCCAACUACACGUCCAUCGUGAGUCUGAUCAUCAACAAUGAUAAUAUUUGGGACUUCGAAAUGGCUAUGCAAGGCGUUCCUGGCUCAGGUGCCAUUGGUGUCCACGGCGGCGGCCACUACUCGAUGGGUGGUGACCCUGGCCGGGAUGUCUUCGUCAGUCCCGGCGAUCCGGCCUUCUGGCACCAUCAUGGAAUGAUCGAUCGUGUUUGGUGGAUCUGGCAGAACUUGGAUCUGAAGACCCGCCAGGAUGCUAUUUCUGGGACUGGAACAUUCUUGAAUGAGCCCGUCUCUGCCAAUACCACCCUUGACACUGUCAUUGAUAUUGGAUACGCGAACGGCAGCCCCAUUGCCAUGAGAGACCUCAUGAAGGGAAUGGACGGAAUGUGCAUGCCUCCACCCCUCUCCCGAGUCGCAACCGGUGUCCCGCUGUCCUGGCAGGACCAUUCAAUUCGUCCUGAGUCAUCGUCAGCCGAUGCCAAGGUUGCCACCUACGACCAAAAUAUCUUCAACUACCUCCAACACGGCCUGGAGGCCACGUUGGGGAACGAAUACGAGAACAUAGAUACUCGAAAAAUUGAUUGUUUGUCCAUUCGCUUCAAGCUGCUCGCCGACCAUCUAAUCACGUCCCGUGUCUUGAUUCACAAUGAAGAUGCCAAUCCAAAUGGCUCGCCGUCGGCGGGCCAUCCGACGAGAGCGGACUGUGGGCAAACUGGCGAUCGCAAUAAAUGGCCCCAAGUGGAAGGGGAGGGAAUCACUGGACCGGCUCAGUACACGGGGAUUUCCGGGAAGCCGAUGCCUCUCCACGAGGAUGGAAAGUCGGAAUGGCAUCGAUCAAAAAGAAUUGCCAUUAUUGGAGGCGGCAUCGGCGGCAUUUCCGUCGCGCAUUUCUUAAAGAAUGACGAGAAUCGCCUCAACUUAUCACAGUUAACCAUCUUUGAGAAAGAAGCUCAGUUUGGCGGGCGCAUUCGCUUUGCACAAGUAUAUGGCCAUGGGACGAACGUGAAUACGGCCGGGCAUACCUUCGACGCGGACGACCCAGUGAUCGAGGAAAUUGCCAAUUUCACAAGCAUCAAGUUACACGAUUGGCCCUACAAUGGAUGGAAUACAGCGACGCCGAAUUUCCUGUACUGGGCGAGUAGAUUCGAUGGCGAGAACAUCGUGAACAGCCCGGCUGAUGAGCCCUUUGAAACGACGUGGACGGAUCUCGCAACGCACAUCCGGCAGACUGGCGCUGAUCCGCACUUUUGGAUCUCAUAUGUUCGAUACGUUUGGAUCUCGCUCACGGAGACGCAUUCAGUCAGCUGGUUCAAAUUCUGGGUCCGACAGAUGGCCGGGUCGCGCCAGCAUUUUAAUUGUCUCUUGUGGGCCGGGUCUCGGGCCACAGCUGGGCACAGUAUAGAAUUGAUGAGUCGAAUAGCAGACUCCAAUCCCAGGAGCGUCAGAAAACAGAAGGAUCUUUCGUGGAACCAACACGACCGGAUAUUGACGGGGCUACUCGGUGAUCUACGUGACCACGAGGAGUUCUCUACGCAUCUCAACUCGACGGUGAAACAAGUGAAGAGAUACGACAAUGGCACCUUUGGUGUCAUUUGGACUCAGAGAUCAUUUCAUGGCUCUCAAGAGACAUAUAUCGAGCAAUUUGACAAUGUGAUUAUCGCGACACCUUUGCACCAAGCAGAGCUUGAAAUUGAACCUCCACUCCCGUUGGAGCCGGAAGAGAUCACAUAUACACCCCUCCAUGCGACGAAUUUUAUUUCCAAAAAUCUCCCGGCCACAACGCUCUUCCGCUCCCAUGGCGAGCGGUGGAGCACGCUGACUGCACUGCUCUGGAACGAUGGUUCCCAGCGGGUGGGCGGCUCCGCUGCCCCUGGCCUUGCGUUCAUCUCAAUCGCCCAUGACGAACAUGUUUGCUGUGGUGGAUUUUAUCUCAAUCAGCGUGUUGGUCUAGCACGAGUUAUUUCCAGAGACCGGUUCUCGGACGGUGAUAUUGCGGCCUUGUUCGGCGAGGCACGCAAAAACGUCACAUUCCCCGAGCAAACUUGCUGGGUACCGCAACAAGCCUCUCCUGACUCGGUGCAGCCCAGAUAUCAGAUCGUGAGAGAAGGAUUUGCAUUAGAGGAUGGAUCGGUCAAUCAGACCACGGGGUGCGUGGAAAAGCCAACAAUAACCUGGAUUCACCGAGAUUAUUGGCCGAAUGGCAUGCCGGAAAUCAAACGCGAUGGGCAGCGCGUGGAUGAUAGCGUUUGGAUGGAGUUAGCUCCGGGGAUGUUCUAUGUGAAUGGAUUCGAGGGACGAGAGGGUGCGUCGGUAUCCAAAAGCGUUGCAAGGGGAAGAAAGGUGAAGGAUAUGCUGGUUGCCAGAUACACGGCCGAACCGUUCUAA